CAAGUUAGCACCUACCCAAACAAGCAGGAAACAGGAAAUGUUCACGUUUCAGGGAGGCUGAAGCCAGCGCAGCAUCAUGCCGGAGGGAGCGCCCAGGAGGGCUGGCAGGAGGGCUCCCCGCGCUGCCCGGCUCUUUGCCCUGACAGCCGCGCUCCUUCUCACUGGCCGGGCUCAGGAGUAUCCGCAGACCGUAGAAGAGUCAGAAUAUAAUACAACAGAUGAAACCCUGGAAGAGGAACAUACAGAUGAAGAGACUACAAUUAUAAGUACAGUUGCUGAAGUGACCCCAGAAACAUCCAUUGACUAUACGAAUUCCACCUUCAUUGAUGAGGAGGAUAAUCAGCUGGAGUUUUUAUUAAUGGUGUUGAUCCCACUGAGUUUAUUGGCGCUCCUCCUCUUCUCGGUGGUGGUCAUCAUAAUAAACCAUAAAAGGAAAAAAACUAAACAAGAGCUGCCUUCUAGCCAAGGAUCUCAGAGUGCCUUGCAGUCCUAUGAACUGGGAAGCGACAACUUAAAAGGCCCUAUUUUUGAGGAAGACACACCCUCUGUUAUGGAAAUAGAGAUGGAAGAGCUUGAUAAAUGGAUGAACAACAUGAACAGAAAUGGCAACAGCGAAUGUUUACCUACUUUAAAAGAAGAAAAAGAAUCAAACCACAGCCCAAGUGACAAUGAACCCUAAAACGGAAUGGUGCUCGUGUUUCCCAAGAGCAGCACCCCCAGGGGGAGCCUGCUGGACCGCCAACAGAGGAUGGAGAGGAUACAAAUUGAAUUAAUUUUAAAUCAACAUGGACACAAGAACUUUCUGCUGUUUCUUCCAACGCCCACUCUUCCUAGGGAUGGCAUCCCCUGUACUCGGAAGAAUGUGCUAGGGAGAAGUCGGAGGAAAAGGCCUGGCUGACAUUCAUCGCUGAGGGUGGAGGAGCCCAUGAUCCAAGGGUGUUCCCUCCUCGCAGCCAGCCUCUCUCUGCCUGCAGCCUCCCAGCCAGCUGUCUGCCUCCUUGUUACCUUUCUGCUUCAUUCCUCAGGGUUCGAAUCAGGAAGCUGUUUUAUCUCUGUUUCCUUCUGGGUCACAUUGUUACCUAAUUAGCUUUGGAUAAUUUCCUCUGAUUAGUCAAGUGCUCUGAUAGGUCAACUGCAGGAACUUUUCUCAAGGCGAGUGUGUCAUGGAAAAGGCAGCAAACAAAGCAGGCGUUUCACUGUGCACACCAUUCCCGCAGGUCGGCAGGCUCGUUCCUACCUGCCAGGAGGCACCGUGAGAUGCCACAGUCCUGAGGGGAUGUGGUUUGGUGACUUGUGGACCCACCUUGGCCAGAUUGAGUCACUCUUGGGAGCUUCUCAGAGGAACAGGAAUCUUCAAUGAAAGAGCAAACAUUUUCUUUCUCUGCUAAAAUCACCUGCUUGUUCUCAUUUCCUCGAAGCUCAUGCUUAUUCUCAGUUCAGCUCCCUUGCACGUGGUAUGUGGGUAGGGAGUGUGUGCAGUGGGCGUCAUCUGUCACCUGUGUGUGUCUCUGAGAUCGUUAAGGUCACCUGAAGCAAACAAAAUGGGAAUAGGAAAUAUCUGUGCCUGUGGCAGAUGUCACUCGUCGCACUCAGUUUUCUUUCCUGCAAAGCUGGGACAAGCCUUAUGACCUACCUCCUCAACGCAGCCCUCCAGGAGGUCACUAUCAGUCCAUCAGGGAUGACAUUCUGCAUGAUUUUCUACAUGGUAUUUGUUGAAAUCCUCGAGCUAGAGGUAGUGGCGCUAAAUGCAGACGGGCCUGUUUAUCAGUCCCGCUUCUGUAUAAUCAAUCUCCAUUUAAUCCUUGAUUUUCAAAUUCUGACCUUUAAAGCAAUCUAGCAAAUGGGCAGUCCUCAGGUCCUCUGUGACACCUGAUAUUUUAUUCCAGGAAAGAAACAAAGAAUAAAAGCUUUGUUUAUUUUACUCCUCACAUGUAAACUGAGGGGAGAUGAGGUUCACCAGACAUUUGCUGCUGAAUUUUGGGGUCCAGUGUUCGAAAGACUGCCUUAACGUGCAACAAAAACUGGCCCCUCCUCCCUUUCAGAAUCCCUUAACUCGUACAUGCCUCCUGAACCAUGCCCAAACUUUAAAGGCAGGGUUCCCUACCGGGGAGGUCUUCGCACACAGUGAGAGACAGAACUGCCUGGCUGUGUUUAACCACUGCUAUUCUGCUGCCCAGGCACUGCACAGAGCUUUGGAUCCGACUGCAACAGAUCUAUCUGUCACAUUCUCUUUGGGACAUCCUAAUAUGGCAUUUUUGUUUCCACUGCUGUUUUACAUAUCCUUACUCAACUUGUGGUCUACAGCGACUCUCAGAUACUUGUGCCAACAUUGCCAAUUUCUGAACCACCAUUUCUGCCUAUCUGGUUACUUUAAGUUUGUUUCUCAUCAACGCUUGACUGUCAGACAAAUCUCAGUUCUUUCUUUCUGUAGUAGCUCAGAUCUUUGCUGAACGCUUUGAACUGUGAACUUCAUUCACCCAACCCCAUCAAAAAAUGGACUUUAUAAGUUUGGGGAAGUAUAAGGGUCUUGGAACCGCACUUUGAUGAAGCAGCUUUUAUAAGAUGAUAAAAAUAUUCUCAUUCGGUAUUUCAAAUAACUUCAAAUUCCAGAAGAUGCCAACUUCAGCAACAUGUCAUUGAGUUUAUAUCUGAAAAAUGUACUAACUUAUAUAAUUGCACAGUAUACAAGGUACUUUUAAAAAAUAUAGUUAAUUCUGGCAAGAUAUAUGAAAUUAGUAUGGGUAAAAACAGUCAACAGUCAGUUCUAGCACCCUGUGAUUUUUUUUUAUUACUAUCCAAUCAACAGGUAUCAUAGAUUUAUGAUUCAUUUCAUAAAUUUAUUUCAUAGAUUUAUUUCAAGACUGUUUUAAAACCCAAUCUUAAUUUAAUGUUUCAGAUUAUUCUUCAUAAAAAUCUCAUUAAUUUGCCUGAAUUGGGUAGCCAAUCAAGGCAAAAUCUGACUUUAGAAUAUCUUAAAGAUAUAUAUUUCAUUGAAUUUUUGUUCAAUUUAAGCCCACUAGGUUAAUAACAUUGCCUAGUUGAACUCCUAAGGAAACUUGUUUUAAUAGGUAUGCAAAAAUAUCUGUCUUAACUUAGCAAUGUGACUUCUCUCUCUGGGAAGGUCAUUGUCAUCCAAACAUGAGCACACAGCAUGGAUCAACCUUGAUAUCCCUGGAGUGACAGAUGUUUCUACUAACACCGUCGCAGCUCCAGCAAUAUAAAUGGAUGCUUUAAAAAAUACUUUUGUCUGCUUUUUUAUUUGGGUUGUUUAAACUACCAGUUUGCACCAGCACUGAAAGAAGGCCCUAUGUUGUUGAAUAAACAUAAAAUGUAGACUCUCGUUUAAACUUCUGUCAGAAUUAGUACAAAUCCUGAAUAUAGUGGAGUGAUGAGACAUGGUUUCAUACUGAAAAACACUGCUAAAAUUCUCAGUGUGGGUAAAAGAUUGAAAUUUAAAAAUUUUUUUAAUUUACGCAUGAUGCUUUUUCACACUCAGGAGACGCGCAGGAUGAAUUCUAAGGUUUCCAUUUAGUAUCUACUUUAGGCAGUCUAGAGUAGCUUCACUCAUAGAUUACAUUUUAAAAAAUCUUACAAUAACCAGAAGAGUCACUGUAUAUAACUGAGGAGUGGAAUUAGUCAAAUUGGUUAUUAAUAAUUUCAUAAGCAAACAACCAAUUAUUAUUAUUAUGGUUAUUAUUAUUUUGAGUGGCUCUUUGGCCUUGCCUUUGUCUUGCUAGACCCAAAAUUUUACUUUCCUUUUAGUCCUUUUGGGCGUGGUUAUUUGUAGGUACCGGGUGAGCUUUUUGUUUUGUUUUGUUUUAUGCCCUAUGACUUUUUCUAAAUUAUAUGCUAUUUUCAUGAGAUAACAAUCCAUACAAUUAUAUAAAAUAAAAC